UGCAACAGCCUCGCUCGCUCGUUCAUUCACAGGAACGCCUCCAUUGACGAGCGCUCGAGUGCACCGCUGCGUAGGAGAUCAGCUUCAGUAUCUAUGCCAACGUAAGCACCGCUGAGAACGACAUAACCAUUGAGAGGGAGACAUCUGAACAGUAACGAACGCCCUACCUCAACAAUCCGUUCGACAAUGCUGAAACGCAUCCAGGAAAGCCUAACCAAGCUCUCGUUCUCAACGUCUUCCGAAACUAGAAUCACGGGAACCACGUCGUCCUCACAUCACAGCGACGCCCGUAAUGGAAGCACCUGGUCAGACUCUAAAGAAUCUCAUGAAUCGACGCCCCUGGCGAGAGCGACCCCGUCGACCAGACCUGCCGCCGGCGAGAGAGCCACGGGUAGAGGUGCCCUGUCCACUGCUAAGGCCCCAAGUGCGGCCAGGUCUGAUGAGAACCAUCAACGGUCGCUUGAAUCCUUGACGCACACGAGCGGAGAAACGUGUGCGUUUCUAGCCACCUCCAGCGACAUGUACCCGUCGUUCAACGAGGGCGCAAUCGACGAGGAAGCCAAUCUUACAGCCUCUGCGGAACAUGAUGAAUGGGGUCACACGAGCAGCGAAGGCUUAGCCCGCGACAACGCUCGCAGCUCCGUCGACAGCGAACCAUCCGGGCAUCCAGACAGCGGAUUUCACCUUGGUCUGUUGACUGUAACAUGGGUCGCCUUGUUGUCGAUAGGGUUGUCCGCCUAUUACAUGUACACAGUCAGCGUUGGAGUCCCUGCCCUGCCCAAUACUACGCCCAUUUAUUACGAUUCAGCUAGGCCCUAUCCGGACAGGAGCGCCCGCAGAGAGCUGGCUCUGCCUAAUGCGACGGGGACUUCGAACAGAAACUUUCCUUUAAAUGUUUCAGAGACGUUGAAGCGCGUACCAACGACUGACACUGAGGAUAUAUCUUCGCCUUUAACUACGAAGGCACAGCGCAGGAAGAUUCGUGUGUGGGAAGGAAGGCGAAUGUAUGGACCACGAACUGCUGAAAGCGAACAGGAAGCGACGUCGCCUGUCCCUGCAAGAUUGAAGUCAAAUGGUACAGGCGGUGCAGCAUCAAGGAUUACCAGGGCACAAGGCUUCACAAGACGUGGCAUGGGAGGCAAAAACAGAAGACGCGGUGCGACAACAGGGGUGAAACACAUGAAGUUCUGCGAGACUAAAAUUUGUGAAGAGGAGUCUCACUACCUGACGAAUUAUCUCGAUUGGAGGGCAGAACCAUGCAAGAAUUUCUACGGCUUUGUUUGUAAUCGUUGGAAAGAGCUGCACCCCGACAUUGGUGACUCAGUGGACGCACUCUUGGUCAAGAAAAUCGAGGAAGACGUGUACCACGCACUCACGGCGAGCGGGAGGACCACCGCAGACACUGCGAAGGCUGGACAUCUCAUCAACUCCUGCAUGCGGAAGCCGCUAUACGAAAAUCAUCGAGCGAUUCUUUUGGAAUUCAUGAACAGCCUGGGCUUGCGUGGGUGGCCAUUCUCCAGGAGCACGAAGACACUCGAUCAUGUCUGGAAGUCUGAGAGCCUUUUGGUAAGAAACCUGGGGCAAGGCUUUCUGGUAUCUGUCACGCUUGAUGUCCACCCCGAGAACGCCGACAGGUAUAUUGUUGCUGUGGGUGAACCCAGCCUUCUAAUAGGUCAGUUCGGAACCAAGGACAGCUACCUGCCUGAAUGGUAUACUGUGGCAAUAUCGACCUGCCUGAAGAUCUUUACGAAAUCCAAAUACUCCGAAAUCGCGAAGGCUGUACGUGACUUCUCAGCCAUACUGGCGGACAUAUCUGUUCACCGGGGCUACGAGACCUUUACCGCUCGACGUUACAAAGUGCUCCAGCUUAGACACUACAGCCACCUCGUCCAGCUCCUCACCCUUGUCUUCCGGAAUAUAACUAAGGUCGAUAACAGAAUGACGGUUAUCAUAAAGUCCGAAGCCUACCUGCAGUCACUCCGCACGGUUGUGCACAUGACGAAGCCCGUCGACAUUCUCAACUACAUGGGCUUCAGAGCCCUUCUGCACAUAUCGCCGCUGCUUCCAGACCAAGCCAUGGAACUGGCAUCUAUUCAGAUGAAGGAACUUACCGGCAUCACCAGUGCAGUGUGGCCCAGGUGGAGACGAUGCCUGCGAGUAUUCGAACGCGUUCUUCCGUUUGUAUUCCUGCAUGCGUACGCCAUAAACAAUCUGGCACUUGUGAACAAGGACAACAUGUGGACGCUGCUGAACGAGAUACAGGCGACUUUCGUCAUGAACAUCAACAGCGCUCCUUGGAUGAGCAUUGACGACAAGAUCAUGUUGAAGAGCAAACUUUCAAAGACAAAGUUGGAAGUUUUCCACAAGUUUUGGAAGAAGAGUUCUCACCGCCAUCUUUUCGUGGACUUUUCGGACGUGUCGGGCAUCAGGGGAACGGUGAACCUCUACGUGGCACUCGCGAGGCAGGUGAUAAAACGGAAGCUGUCAAGGAUAACAGUCUCACGAAGCACACAGGUUCAGGAGUGGAAGGGGUCUAUCUUCGACACGGAACCAAUGUUCGACGCAGAGUCAGAUUCUGUCUUCAUUCCAAUGGCCAUGUUCGAUCCGCGGUAUAUGAUCGACAACGAAUCCAUGCUGCUCCAAAUACCCCACGUUGCGACGAAAGUAAUCGGCGCCCUGUUCAAGGGGAUCCAUCAGAGUAACUACCUGCAAAGCAAGCUGACGUGGUCCGUGGACACAGAACUCGGGUACCACGAUAUUCAGAAAUGUCUUCUUCGGCACUACGAGAAUGCGUUCGACGAGAGGCUGCGAAACUCAAUCACGUCGGAGUUGAACGCGGUGGAUAGCCUGUCUAUCCUGCCCGCAUUUAAAGUGUUCGUCAAGAAGGCGAACCAGGCGAAUAUAGAAGACUACGGCCUUCUCACGGGAGGGAAUAUCACGGUGAAGCAGCUGUUCUAUCUCUUGUACGCAAGGGGUUUCUGUGAGACUAUGGACAGUGAGCGCAGGAAGCAGGUGAUGCAGGAAUCCCAGCACAGCAUCAAUAACCUUAGGGUGAAUGGACCACUCCGGAAUUCAUUUCGAUUUCCAGCCUUUUGGGAUUGUCCCAGUGAUUCGCCGAUGAAUCCUAACCAAAAGUGCACCAUAUGGACUUCGUGACCUGGGGGUAUUCAACGCUCGCCAGCUUUCAAUACUUAUUUCCUUGUGCAUAUAGUUGGUUGGUUAAGAGGAAAAACAGCUUAUGUUGCAAUUUUU